AUGGGUUUUUGUCUCCUGGAGCACCUCAAGACUCAGCCUUUCUGGCUCGUUGUGCUUUUCACUCUGGGUUCUCUCUCUGUUCUCAGAUUCUCUUUAGCUUUCCUCCAAUGGGUCUAUGUCAAUUUCCUCAGACCUGCUAAGAAUCUCAAAAAGUAUGGAUCUUGGGCACUCGUCACUGGACCCACUGACGGCAUUGGCAAAGCCUUCGCCUUUCAAUUGGCUCGUAAAGGGCUCAAUCUGGUCUUGGUCGGUCGCAACCCAGAAAAGCUCAAGGACGUCUCAGAUUCAAUCCUGGCCAAAUACGGCAAAACCCAGAUCAAGACCGUCGUGGUUGAUUUCACUGGUGACCUUGACAAUGGUGUUAAGCGCAUUCGUGAGACCAUUGAAGGAUUGGAUGUGGGUCUUUUGGUUAACAACGCUGGGAUAUCGUACCCGUACGCUAGGUUCUUUCAUGAAGUGGAUGAGGAACUGUUGAAGAACUUGAUAAAGGUCAAUGUUGAAGGCACUACAAAAGUUACUCAAGCUGUUUUGCCAGGGAUGCUUCAGAGGAAGAGAGGCGCUAUCGUCAAUAUUGGGUCUGGGGCUGCGAUUGUGAUCCCCUCAGAUCCUCUCUAUGCUGUUUACGCAGCUACAAAAGCGUAUAUUGAUCAGUUCUCUAGGUGCCUCUAUGUUGAAUACAAGAAAAGUGGGAUUGACGUUCAGUGUCAGGUUCCAUUGUAUGUGGCAACAAAGAUGGCAUCUAUCAGGAGAUCUUCCUUCUUUGUACCAUCAACUGAUGGUUAUGCCCGGGCAGCUCUGCGCUGGAUAGGGUAUGAACCUCGUUGCACUCCUUACUGGCCCCAUACGCUUCUUUGGGCCGUGGCAUCCUCAUUGCCAGAGUCUGUUGUUGACGCAUGGCGCCUGCGAUUUUGCCUGGCUAUUCGAAAGAGGGGACAACUCAAAGAUUCCCAGAAGCAAGAAUAG